AUGAGCUUUACCACUCGCUCCACCACUUUCUCCACCAACUACUGGUCCUUGGGCUCUGUGCGGACUCCCAGCCAGCAGGUGCGGCCUGCCAGCAGUGCAGCCAGCGUCUAUGCAGGUGCUGGGGGCUCAGAGUCCCGGAUAACCGUGACCCACUCUGUCUGGGGUGGCUCCAUGGGGUCCGCAGUCCUGGCGGGAAUGGGUGGGGUCCAGACUGAGAAGGAGACCAUGCGAGAUCUGAACGACCACCUGGUCAGCUACGUAUACAAGGUGAAGAGCCUGGAGACCGAGAACAGGAAACUAGACAGCAAAAUCCGGGAAUAUCUGGAGAAAAGGGCUCAGAUCUUUGUGAAUUCUGUGGACAAUUCCCGCAUCGUCCUGCAGAUCGACAAUGCCGGUCUUGCUGCUGAUGACUUUAGAGUCAAGUAUGAGACAGAACUGGUCAUGCGCCAGUCUGUGGAGAGUGACGUUCAUGGACUCCGCAAGGUGGUGACUGACACCAACAUCACAAGGUUGCAGCUGGAGACAGAAAUCGAAGCACUCAAGGAGGAGCUGCUGUUCAUGAAGAAGAAUCAUGAGGAGGAAGUCCAAGGCCUGGAAGCUCAGACUGCGAGUUCUGGGUUGACUGUGGAAGUGGAUGCUCCCAAAUCUCAGGACCUCAGCAAGAUCAUGGCGGACAUCCGCGCCCAAUAUGAAGAGCUGGCUCAGAAGAACCGUGAGGAACUGGACAAGUACUGGUCUCAGCAGAUUGAGAGUACCACGGUAGUCACCACCACGUCUGCCGAAAUCAGGGAUGCUGAGACCACACUCUUGGAGCUGAGACGCACCCUCCAGGCCUUGGAGAUUGACCUGGACUCCAUGAAAAACCAGAACAUCAACUUGGAGAGCAACUUCCGGGAAGUGGAGGCCAGAUACAGGGCGCAGAUGGAGCAGCUCAAUGGGGUCCUUUUGCAUCUGGAAUCAGAGCUGGCACAAAGUCGGGCAGAAGGACAACGCCAGACCCAGGAAUAUGAAGCCCUGUUGAACACCAAGGUCAAGCUUGAGGCGGAGAUUGCCAACUACCGCCGCUUGCUGGAGGAUGGGGAAGAUUUCAGUCUCAACGACGCCCUGGACUCCAGCAACUCCAUGCAAACUAUCCAGAGGACAACUACCCUUAAGGAUGGCAAAGUGGUGUCCAAGACCAAUGAUACCAGAGUUCUGAGGCACUAA